CAGAGGAGGAGGCGCGGCGGCGGCGGCAGCGGCGGCAGCGGCGCGGCGCGGCGGCAGCGGCGGCGGCUCGGACCCCUCCCCCGGCUCCCCCCAUCGGUGCAGCUCUCCGGGCGAUGCCAGAAUAGAUGCCGGGGCAAUGUCCCGCCGCAAACAGGGCAACCCGCAGCACUUGUCCCAGAGGGAGCUCAUCACCCCAGAGCCUGAGCAUGUGGAGACCACCAUCCUCGAGGAAGAUGAGGGUCUGGAGAUAGAGGAGCCCAGCAGCCUGGGGCUGAUGGUGGGUGGCCCCGACCCUGACCUGCUCACCUGUGGACAGUGUCAGAUGAACUUCCCCCUGGGGGACAUCCUGGUUUUUAUAGAGCACAAGAAGAAGCAGUGUGGCGGCAGCCUGGGUGGCUGCUAUGACAAAGGCCUGGACAAGGGCAGCCCGCCACCCUCCUCACGCUCUGAGCUCAGGAAAGUGUCCGAGCCGGUGGAGAUCGGGAUCCAGGUCACCCCCGACGAAGAUGACCACCUGCUCUCACCCACGAAAGGCAUCUGCCCCAAGCAGGAGAACAUUGCAGGGCCGUGCAGGCCUGCCCAGCUGCCAGCGAUGGCCCCCAUAGCUGCUUCCUCCUCCCACCCUCACACAUCUGUGAUUACUUCACCUCUGCGUGCCCUGGGCGCUCUACCGCCCUGCUUCCCCCUGCCGUGCUGCAGCGCGCGCCCUGUCUCGGGUGACGGGACUCAGGGUGAGGGUCAGACGGAGGCUCCCUUUGGAUGCCAGUGUCAGUUGUCAGGUAAAGAUGAGCCUUCCAGCUACAUUUGCACAACAUGCAAGCAGCCCUUCAACAGCGCGUGGUUCCUGCUGCAGCACGCGCAGAACACGCACGGCUUCCGCAUCUACCUGGAGCCCGGGCCGGCCAGCAGCUCGCUCACGCCGCGGCUCACCAUCCCGCCGCCGCUCGGGCCCGAGGCCGUGGCCCAGUCCCCGCUCAUGAAUUUCCUGGGCGACAGCAACCCCUUCAACCUGCUGCGCAUGACGGGCCCCAUCCUGCGGGACCACCCGGGCUUCGGCGAGGGCCGCCUGCCCGGCACGCCGCCGCUCUUCAGCCCGCCGCCGCGCCACCACCUGGACCCGCACCGCCUCAGCGCCGAGGAGAUGGGGCUCGUCGCCCAGCACCCCAGUGCCUUCGACCGAGUCAUGCGCCUGAACCCCAUGGCCAUCGACUCGCCCGCCAUGGACUUCUCGCGGCGGCUCCGCGAGCUGGCGGGCAACAGCUCCACGCCGCCGCCCGUGUCCCCGGGCCGCGGCAACCCUAUGCACCGGCUCCUGAACCCCUUCCAGCCCAGCCCCAAGUCCCCGUUCCUGAGCACCCCGCCGCUGCCGCCCAUGCCCCCCGGCGGCACGCCGCCGCCCCAGCCGCCGGCCAAGAGCAAGUCGUGCGAGUUCUGCGGCAAGACCUUCAAGUUCCAGAGCAAUCUCAUCGUGCACCGGCGCAGCCACACGGGCGAGAAGCCCUACAAGUGCCAGCUGUGCGACCACGCGUGCUCGCAGGCGAGCAAGCUCAAGCGCCACAUGAAGACGCACAUGCACAAGGCCGGCUCGCUGGCCGGCCGCUCCGACGACGGGCUCUCGGCCGCCAGCUCCCCGGAGCCCGGCACCAGCGAGCUGGCCGGCGAGGGCCUCAAGGCGGCCGACGGCGACUUCCGCCACCACGAGAGCGACCCGUCGCUGGGCCACGAGCCUGAGGAGGAGGACGAGGAGGAGGAGGAGGAGGAGGAGGAGCUGCUGCUGGAGAACGAGAGCCGGCCCGAGUCGAGCUUCAGCAUGGACUCGGAGCUGAGCCGCAACCGGGAGAACGGCGGCGGCGGCGGUGGCGGCGGGGUGGCCGGGGUGCCGGGCGCGGGCGGCGGCGUGGGCGGCGCGGCCAAGGCGCUGGCCGACGAGAAGGCGCUGGUGCUGGGCAAGGUCAUGGAGAACGUGGGCCUGGGCGCGCUGCCGCCCUACGGCGAGCUGCUGGCUGACAAGCAGAAGCGCGGCGCCUUCCUGAAGCGCUCGGCGGGCGGCGGGGACCCGGGCGACGACGACGACGCGGGCGGCUGCGGCGACGCGGGCCCGGGCGGCGCGGUCAACGGGCGCGGCGGCGGCUUCGCGCCGGGCGCCGAGCCCUUCCCGGGCCUCUUCCCGCGCAAGCCGGCGCCGCUGCCCAGCCCCGGGCUCAACAGCGCGGCCAAGCGCAUCAAGGUGGAGAAGGACCUGGAGCUGCCGCCCGCCGCGCUCAUCCCGUCCGAGAACGUGUACUCGCAGUGGCUCGUGGGCUACGCGGCGUCGCGGCACUUCAUGAAGGACCCCUUCCUGGGCUUCACGGACGCGCGCCAGUCGCCCUUCGCCACGUCGUCCGAGCACUCGUCCGAGAACGGCAGCCUGCGCUUCUCCACGCCGCCCGGGGACCUGCUGGACGGCGGGCUGUCGGGCCGCAGCGGCACGGCCAGCGGGGGCAGCACGCCGCACCUGGGCGGCCCGGGCCCCGGGAGGCCGAGCUCCAAGGAGGGCCGGCGCAGCGACACGUGCGAGUACUGCGGCAAGGUGUUCAAGAACUGCAGCAACCUGACGGUGCACCGGCGGAGCCACACCGGCGAGCGGCCUUACAAGUGCGAGCUGUGCAACUACGCGUGCGCGCAGAGCAGCAAGCUCACGCGCCACAUGAAGACGCACGGGCAGAUCGGCAAGGAGGUGUACCGCUGCGACAUCUGCCAGAUGCCCUUCAGCGUCUACAGCACCCUGGAGAAACACAUGAAAAAGUGGCACGGCGAGCACUUGCUGACUAACGACGUCAAAAUCGAGCAGGCCGAGAGGAGCUAAGCGCGUGCGGGCCACCCCCCCACCCCCACCCCACGCACCUGUACAGUAGCCCCGUCGCCAAGCGAGAGAAUGCUGACCUGACACUUGCCUCCGUGUCGCCGCCGCAGCUCGGCACCCCC